AUGAGCCUUAAGAUCGAAACCUUGAUGCGCACCGCACUAUAUGAACACGUUUCUUCUAUAAAACAACCGCAGAAAAAAGCCCCUUUGGAGAAUGCGGUCGAAGAAAUUGCAUUUGCCGCCAACCCCACCGCUACUGUUGGGCCAUCCGCGGAAAGCUUGCCGCCAAACUAUACGGAAAAUAAUUAUGACAAUUAUGCUUUUAAUAAUAACAAUUUUAAUUUUAUGGACAAUAAUAUAGAAAACAAUUAUGACUCUAUGAAUUAUAAUUCUAAUUUUAUAAAUAAUAAUAUGGAAAACAAUCAAGAUUUUAUAGACACUAAUAUGGAAACCAAUUAUGCUUUUAAUAAUAAUAGCUUUGAUAUGGAAAAUAGUUAUAAUUUUAUGAUUAAUAAUAACUACAAUAUGGAAACAAAUUAUGGUUUUAUGAACAAUUACGAGUAUGACACAAAUAAUAACAAUUAUGCUGUUAUAAACAAUUACGAGUAUGAUCUACGUUGCGAUCUCCAAACCCUGAAAUGCGAACAGCAAAUACACGCUGCUUCAAGGCAAGAUUCAACUUCAAAAGAAGCAUAUGAUGCAAAGACUGAGCCUGUCUCACCGCUUGUUCACACGGAAGGCCCGGUAAUUGUCGAAGGGCAACGUGCCCUAACCGCAAAGAAUUUAAUUUCUUCUUCCCCGUUGGAGGGCCCAGGCGUGAUGGCUGACAGGCCGACAAAAUCCAAGUCCACGCGGUAG